CUAUCCAUCUAUGCAAAAGAACGGUAAGUAUCUCAGUUUUUCGAGAUUCGAACUGGUUUUUCAAAAAUCUCCGAGAAGACCGGUGUUUAAACGGCUUGCUUCUGAGAAUAAAAGCUAAUCACCAUCAGUCUGUGGCUCGCUCUAUCACCCCACUCCAUUUCACACGGAAUGUGGCCCCCUCUAUCAUCCCACUCCAUUUCACGUAGCUUGUGGUUCUCUCUAUCCCCCACUCCAUUUUACGUAAAUUGUGGCUCCAUUUAACCUUUGACCCGGCACAGAGAAACACACAGACACUGAACAUUAUAUAUAUAAAUUUGUCUAAUCUCAUUGUAGUGCUUUGAUGUUUGGAGUGGGUUUUUUAUAUGAUUCUUUGAAGAAUGUUAGAGAUUAUGUAUAAUUUCAGAUCAAAAUCCCAUAGCUAAUAAAUGAAAUACUGGUAUUUAGAAGGUUUUUUCUACGAAAAGAAUUUUUCUCAAACAAUAGUUUGGCAUGAUGUUUUAUGCAAACUUUUCUAAUCGGAAAGAGUUGCUACAUUUGUUUUUCUUUAUUUUUUUGCUUCGGACGAUACCAAUCCAGUUCAACAAACGACAACAACGGUUCAAGUUGAACAAACAAUAGACGAAGAAGAAGAGGAGAAAGCAAUGAAACCGAUCUUUUGGUUUCGUCAUUUCAGAGAAGAAAAAUUACCAUCACAUCAUUUUAUUGCUGGUGAUACUAUUGCACUCAUUGAUCAAAAUGCACUGAUGAAAUUGGACGAUUAUCAACAACAAAAACAUGAAGAAAGACCACCAAUACGUUUAUUUUAUCAAGCUAUGGGUAUAGUUCAAUCAGUUUAUCCAAAUUUUGCUGUGCAAUUUCCAUUUUGGCCUCCGUCAUUAUAUAACAUUAAUUAUUUGAAUCAAUCAAAUUUAUAUCGUAUUGAACGUUUACCAAAUUUUGUUACACUUAAUAGAAGUAUCCAAGCACUUGAACAAUUAAUUGAUAAUGAUCAAUUGGCAAUUAGACCGUUAUUAAACAUCUCAGAUAAUAUUGAUAAAGAAGAAUUGAAGGAUCUUGCAAAUGAAAUUGUUUCACAUUCUAAUAAUAUUGAUGAUCUUGAUUAUAUAAGUGCAAGUAUUAAUAAGAGUCAAAGACAAGCAAUUAUGUGUGCACUACAAAAGAGACUAACAUUAAUUCAAGGACCUCCAGGGACGGGAAAAACUGAAACAUCUGCAAUGAUUAUUCGUCUAUGGUUGAAGUUACAUGAUCAGAUUGAUGAACAACAACCAAUUCUUGUUUGUGCUGAAACUCAUCAAGCAAUUGAUAAUUUAACAAGACGUUUAAUAAAAUUUGUUCGAGUUGUACGUUAUGGUGAACCAAGAACAAUCGGAGCUGAUUUACAAGAGUAUACAAUGCAAGCUCAAAUUGAUUUAUUGAGACGUCACAAUUCACCUAAUAAACAAUUAUUUGGUCCACCAAAACCAAAAGAAAUUCGUCAAAUAAUAUCAUCAUGUCAAGUAUUAGCUAUGACAUGUGCUGGUGUAGGUAUCUUAGAAAAAGAUUAUCGUUUUCCAUUUAUUUUAAUUGAUGAAGCUUCACAAAUAACUGAACCAAAUAUUUUAAUUUCUUUAAUUCGAAUUACCAAACAAAUUGUACUUGUGGGUGACCAAAAACAACUACCCCCAAUAAUUAAAAUGGAAGAAGCUAAACCUCUUUUAGAACGAUCAUUUUUUCAACGUAUGAUUGAAAAUAUUGGUAUUGAAGUUCAUAUGUUAGAUACACAAUAUCGAAUGCAUCCAGCAUUAAUACAAUUUCCAAUUAAAAAAUUUUAUAAUAAUCAAUUGAAAAAUGGUGUAACAUCUCAAGAUCGUCCACAACCAAAAACAAUUAAAUUUAUAGAUAAAAAUUGUCCACUUAUGUUUGUUGAUGUUGCUAAUGGAGAAGAGAUGUGUCGUGGUUCAAAUAUUGAAAAUAGAGAAGAAGUCAUAUUAAUAUGUGAAACAGUUAAAACUCUAUUACCAUCGAAAGAUGGAGAAUAUCAACCAAACGAUAUUGGAAUUAUAACACCAUAUAGAAAACAAGUUAUGUGUAUCACAGAAAAAUUGAGUCAAAUGCAAAUACCAAAAGGAGUUGAAAUUAGAACAGUUGAUGGAUUUCAAGGACGAGAGAAAACAGUUAUUCUCAUAAGUUUGGUACGUUCAAAUAGUGAUCAUGAAAUAGGAUUUUUGGUUAAUGAACAACGAAUGAAUGUAUUGUUAACCAGAGCCAAAUGUGCUAUGAUUGUUUUUGGAAAUAAACUUACAUUGAGUGCAAAUAGUGUAUGGAAAGAAUGGAUAGAUAGUGUUCCAAAUGUUAGUAGUGAUCUCUACAAGAGAGAAUGUUUAGUGGCAACACCAUCGAACAAUAAUCGAUCAUCAGUUCAACAACAAGAAGUGUCGAAUACAAGAGGAAGAGGACAAAUACGUGGUCGAGCCAGCAGUAGACAAAUUUAUCAACGAGGAAGAAAUCGAAGAGGAAAUUAUUAA